CGUCUGCUUGGUUGGAUUUUGUCUUCGCUCAGGAUGAUAAGAUUCCACCUGGACUUUCGUCUGACCUGCCUAGCAUCCAUCGUCAUCGGUGUCAUCUUGCUGAUAUCAUGCGACUGCUCACAUCUGGGCCCGUCCUUCGUGAAGGAGCCUCGGAGCAGAGUGGAUUUCGCAAACGAAUCAGGCGCUCGGGUUGAAUGCUCCGCGUCUGGGUCUCCACGGCCAACUGUCACCUGGCUCCACGUGGACGGCAAACCGGUCACCGGCAUAUCUCAGCUGCUAACCGUCGAGAAAAAGGAAGGAGAGGCUGAGGCAACGCUGUACUUUCCACCGUUCAAGGCCAGCUUGUAUCGCCACGACGUGCAUGCGACCAUCUACCGCUGUCAGGCCACCAACAUCGUGGGAACUAUCAUCUCUCGAGAUGUCAAAGUGAAAGCAGUGGUUAUGCAGUACUACGAGGUGAACAUCUUGUACGGUAAGACUGUGUUGAGAGGUAACACCGCUGUACUGAAGUGCAUUUUUCCCAAUUUCAUACGUGAAUUCGUCCAGGUUACAUCAUGGAUGCAGGAUUCCUCCUUCAACAUCUAUCCAUCAUUGAAAGGAGAUGGGAAAUUUCACAUGUUAUAUACCGGCGAGCUUCUCAUUCGUAACGUGGAUGAUGCGGACAGGUAUAGGAGUUAUCAAUGCAGAACUAUUAACACCCUUACUGGCAAAAUUGUUACGAGCAUGACGAAGGCCCGCUUCAGCAUUUCAGAACAAACUACGGCAAUAGGUCCUCAUACACCGGGAAAUACUGCAAUUAUGCCAGUUCAGACAAUUGAUGUGCGCAAAGACCAGUCCGUGUGUAUUCCCUGCUACACCGAAGCCAUCCCGUAUCCGACAUUCAGAUGGUAUCGUCUAGAACGCCAGGCAGCACUCAAAGAGCAUGUGGAUAAUGAUCGAAUCUUCAAAAUCGUCGAGUGUUUGAUCAUUAUCAAUACGGAUGAGAAUGACGGGGGUCGUUGGGUGUGUAUAGCUAAUAACACCGAGGGAUCACAGCGAUAUGACUUCAAUAUCCAGCCGCUCGCCCUCAACUGCUCUACAAGUUCAUCCACCAGACUCUGCAGCCAGGGCCUCCCGUGUCCUUGAAGUGUAUUGCAGCCGGCAACCCAACUCCUCAAAUCUCUUGGAAACUGGACGGAUAUCCGCUAUCUCAUACCGAAAGGUUCAUGAUUGGCCAGUACGUGACCGUCCAUGGAGAAGUCGUAGGUCACGUGAACAUAACCAACGUUAAAGUUGAGGACGGAGGGAUUUAUCAAUGCAACGCUGUCAAUAGAAUCGGACAGGUGUAUCACUCGGCUGAGAUGCGAGUUUAUGGCGAUCCAUCCAUGAGACCAAUGCCUAAUGUCUCAGCCGUAGCAGGUGAACCGUUAUACUUGGCCUGCCCUGUAGCUGGAUAUCCGAUCGAGUCAAUCAACUGGGAGAAAGAUGGAAGAAAGGUACCAAUGAAUCGUAGACAACGUGUUUUCUCGAAUGGAACUCUGCUACUGAUGAACGUGCAAAGAGACUCCGAUAAAGGCAACUAUCGAUGCAUUGCAGCCAACAAACAAGGUCGUUCAGCUUCUCAAUCUCUCUCCCUCAACGUCAUGGUACCUCCAAAAAUUGCCCCAUUCUCGUUCGAGACGGAUCUGCACCUGGGAGACCGGGCUGGCAUCCAGUGUUUUAUAACCAAGGGUGAUCUACCGCUGACCAUUGGCUGGACCAAGAACAACGUUGCACUGGGUCCAGGAAAAAAUCAAAAUGGUGUAAUGGUGCGCCAGCAAGACAAGUUUACAUCUUCAAUGAUCAUCCAGUCUUUGUCUAAGGAGCACGCCGGCACCUACACUUGCACCGCCUCCAACCUUGCGGCCAAUGUCACCCACUCGACUACGCUUCUUGUCAACGUCCCUCCUCGUUGGGUCACGGAGCCUAAGGAUGUAAAUGUAACACAAGGAGGCACUGCAGUUUUUAUCUGUGAAGCUGAUGGUUUUCCAACACCAUCUCUGACUUGGCGGAAGGUUAUAGGAAGACAACCGACUGAGUACGAAGACAUCACCGCUCGCACGCGAAACAUGCAAAUCAGCAGCAAUGGAACAUUGGUGAUAAGGCAGGCUCACCCAGAAAAUCAAGGCCAGUACCUAUGUGAAGCCACCAAUGGUAUUGGGGCAGGACUCAGUGCAACCGUUCAUCUUCUUGUUCAUAUUCCUCCUGAAUUCGACGUGAAAUCGGCUCAGGCUAGUGUCCGUCGAGGAACUUCACAGACUCUGGUGUGUCAGGCUACUGGAGAUCAUCCCAUAGGAAUCACUUGGAAUUCGGAUGCUUCUGGAUCUCAAUCUUCAAUCAAUUAUAAUCCAAGGUAUUCAAUCAAGGAAAAGAAGCUAAAUAAUGGAUUACAAUCGGAGCUACAAAUAGCAAACACUGUGAAGUCUGAUAGUGGAAUCUACACUUGUACUGCUAUCAACCCUUUUGGAAAAGCGGAACGAACUGUACAGCUUCAAGUGCAAGAUGCUCCUGGAAAACCUAGAAAAGUGAAGAGUGUACAAACUGGGAGCACAACUGUGAAAUUGUCAUGGUUGGCGCCUACAGACGAUCAGAAUCCCGUCCUGCAAUACAUUAUUCAAUAUAAAAAGGAAACAGACGAGUGGCAGAGUGUGCGAGCUGGAAGCAGCAUGACAGGAGUUGUGAAAAAUCUGCAGCCAGCAACGGUUUACACGAUGCGGGUUGUAGCUGAAAACGAAUUGGGUUCCGGAGAGCCAAGCGAGCCUUUUCUGUUGAGAACAGAGGCUGAGCCACCCACGGGUGUACCGCUGAAUGUGGCUGCCACUGCUAUCUCAUCUCAUCAAAUCAAAGUCACUUGGAAUCCACCUCUCAAAAACCUCUGGAACGGCGAUAUUAUUGGCUAUUAUGUUGGAUUCAAGCUAAAUAAUGGAAAUCGAGGAGCGCUAUACAACUUUACAGCUUAUCCAACAACUUCGUAUGACGUUCAAGUCGCAGUUCUCAACAACUUGAAAAAAUACAGAAGCUAUGGGAUUGUCGUACAGGCAUUCAACGAGAAAGGAUCUGGACCUCUGUCCACUGAAAUAGUUGUGCAAACACUGGAAGAUGUCCCAUCAGCUCCUCCAACAAAUAUCCAAUGCUUUCCUCAAAGUUCUCAAAUAUUGAGAAUCACCUGGCAGCCACCUCCAAACAGUUUCCAAAAUGGUCAGCUGCAGGGAUAUAAAGUGUAUUAUGAGAAUAUGGAAGAAUCGCCAGAAGGCAUUAUUGAAGCUGAUAUGAGAAAAUCAUCGAAGCCUAGCGCGGAUAUCCAUGGAUUACAGAAAUAUUCCAACUACACUAUUCAAGUGUGGGCUUACAAUAAAGUUGGCGAUGGUGCUAAAAGCAAGCCCAUACACUGUAUGACUGAAGAAGAUGUUCCUGAUGCACCGGCAGGACUGAAAGUCAUCGCAAACUCCCCUUCGUCGCUGAUAGUAAGCUGGUCAGAACCACUUCAUCCCAACGGCAUAUUGACCAGUUACAAUGUCUAUACGAGAGUUAUGGAGGCAGGUCGUGAGACAGACUCGGCCAAACGCCAUUUGCCUCCCACACAAACCUACUACCAGGCCAACGACCUGCACAUGGGGGAUAACUAUGAGUUCUGGGUGACCGCCUUCACUAAAGUCGGUGAAGGCCGAAGCACCGGGAUCGAAUAUGGGUCAUUAGUCACCAGUGUACCAGCAGCGAUCAUAUCCUUCGGACGACAACUGAUGAAACGUCAAAAUACAGUUGUGAAAAUGCCGUGCUUGGCAGUGGGCAUUCCAACUGCAAAACGUUCCUGGAUUAUUCCAGAUGGCUCUGUUCUAGAUGCUGAUCUAAUCGGUCAGGAUAAUGGUAAUUUCGGCCUGAAUAAUGACGGUUCCCUGCAAAUCCCAAAAGUGCAUAAACAGAAUGAAGGCAAUUAUACUUGCUUGGUAACAAAUGAGAACGGCUCGGACCAGAUCACCUAUACUCUCGAUGUCUUGGUGACUCCAUCAGCACCGAUGAUUAGAAUUUUGGAGACUGGGACAUCUUGGUUUCGACUGCAGUGGAAAGUUGGAAACACUGGUGGAGUUUCCCUGCGAGGAAUGAUUCUCAAAUACAAGAAAUUCGAAGAGAGCGAUUUGGAUGAUUAUGGUGAAAGCGAAUUGGAUUGGACCGUUACAAAAAUCCCAAGAUCUGUUUCAAAUUACAAGCUGACCGGUCUCGACUGUGGUUUUGAAUACAACCUACAAAUGACUGCGUUCAAUUCGGUCGGCGAAGGAAAUCCAAGCUCAAUUCUUACAGCAAAAACAAUUGGAGAAAAACCGACAGAGCCCUCUUUCAAGGAAUUUAUCGAAACAAACGUGUCCGCAAUAUUACUCAAACUGAAAUCGUGGGAACCCAACAGCUGUCCGAUAAACACAUUCAACAUUGAGCAUAGAGAAAUAUCGCAGGCUGAAUGGAAAGUUGCUGAAGAACUGCCAGAAGAGGAGGAUAUCUAUGUGAUAAGUAAUCUGUGGCCCACCACUCAAUAUAUGGUUAAAGUAACGGCCAUCAAUAGUGCAGGCUCUACAACAGCCCAGUAUACAGCUACUACUCAGCCCAUACUUGGAGGAACUAUGACUCCCGAAUCUGUAAACACAGCUGUUAGCAAGAAACGUGAAAAAGAGCCCUUCUACUUGAGUAUCCAUGUAAUCAUCCCAUUUCUGGCAACCGUGGGUGCUCUGUGCGCUCUUGCUGUGGUUGUAGCACUGUUUAUGAGAAAAAGGAGGCGAGCCGCCGCAAACAAUGAGACAAAUAAUACUACUGAGCCAGAUGUUGUUGCUAGUGGUAGUAGCAACUUUACUGAUUCUCUUGCAAUGGUUUCCUUGGACAAUGCACAUAAUGUAGCAAAACGCGAGCAGUUCUAUGCGGACAUUCACAAGGGACAUGCUACUCCAAUGAGAGAACUGCAAUGCACUGAUCGAAUUCCAGAAUUUCCCGAUGAGAUAACGCCCUAUGCUACAUUCCACGUACCAUUGCCCGCUGAACGUGAACGAGUCACCAGACAACUGUCAUCUCCCGGGAUGUCCUCUCCCAGACAGAUUCAGAGUUUCCUUUAUCAUGAUAGCCGACUUGGAGCCAUGGAGACAAUGCAAUUGAAGAGCGUGAACCCGAGAGAUGAGUACCACCGCGUGAGAGGCCACAGGAUGACUGCCAAAUGCUUGAGCACUGGAUCUGAUUAUUCUGGUUCAACUGAUCAAUGGUCGGAGCAUGGAUUGACUAGAAUGCCCAUUCAAAGCAACCUGUAUGGCCAGGCCAUUGGAGGCCAUGACUCUAGCUCCUCCCCGGAAGUCUCCCCCGUUCGUGAACGUAGACCUUCUACUAGACUUCGUGCUGCUCAUGUGAGACUCCAGCAGACAUCUUCCUUCAUAGUGGCCGCCCAACUGGAACCACCGACUGGCUUUACUGAUGGCCACGAGCAGAGCGAAGCUGAAUGCGACAUCAACUCCGCGCGUGGCUACAACGGAAUCAAAAACAGGAACCGUGGGAGCCGUGAAAGCCGUGAGGGCCGUGAGAAUCGUGAGGGCCGUGAGAAUCGUGACUCUCAGCAUCAGAGACGCCAUUCCUCCAGGAAGCGCUCAAGUAAUUUUACCAUUGCUGUGUAAAUCCUUUCUUUACAGGCACUAUGUCAGUGGUUCUCAAACUUUUUACUUCAAGCCCCCCCUGCGUAAUUCAUCUGUAAGCCGGACCCCCUACAUGUAUAAGCAUAGACUACUAUUUUAUUUAUUUACUCUUAUGGCUUUUAUCGGCAGAGAGAUCCUUUCGGAUGUUCUGCCUUGCCGUAUUACCCAAUGUCAUUUCCUAUCAAAACUCAAGUUUAUAGGUUAUGUCUUGGGUUCUUCAUUUUUCUCAAUAAAAAUUUGCACUUUCACUUCCUGAGUUACUAUUUUGUAAAUUUUAAAAUCAAGAAAACUAUUUUCAAACACAAAAUCUAGACUACUUUCAAUCAGCAUAGACUACUAUACAUGUUGUACGUACGUAGGCCUAUAUACCUACAUAUUUUACAAUCAAUAUUGAUUCAGUUGAGUUUUGCACAUUCUAUACAUAACCCAAUGUUGCAAUAGUUUCAAUCAUAAUAAAACAACAAAUUCUAUACAAACAAUAAAUUAUAAUUUAUUCAUGUACUACAGCUACUAUAGUACAUAGUUGUUAUUUUUGUUUCUCAUAGAAAUUAACAAUAUAAAGAGCGCCAGUGUGAAGGAUGAACUAGUUUUUUUUUUGCACAGAGUUUGUUAAAACGAGGUGUCAGCUCCGAUAACACUACUCUAAGUUCCUGGGUCACAUCCAGUCUUGGUCUAUAUUCACUUUUCAUGGCAGCUAGAGCAGAUAACCCACAGUUUCACACGGAUAAAUUGUAGCAAAUGGAGUCUAUAUCUUGAAUGCUUUUUACUCAAAAUUGGGUGUUCCUUUUGCACACCAAUCCAGAAGGAUGUGAGAGAAUAUCCUUCAAACUUCAUUUUAAGUCAUCUUGGAGAUCAAUGAGGUUUUGAGGAUCAUGUUGAGGGAGCACUUAUUGAUUGAGAAUUUGAAAUUGACAAUACACACAUGUAAUUUUAAAAAUAGAAAGAUUGCUUAUCGUAAUUAUUUUAGAAGUAAAUUUGAAACAUUCUCCAACCAAGCUUUGCGCCCUCCCCCCUGAGCAUUCAUCGCGCCCCCUUGGGGGUCGCACCCCACACUUUGAGAACCACUGCAUUAUGCCAUGGUACAGCGUUAGGGCCUAUUUCACAAAGGUACAAGCAUUGUUAUCAACCAUGGCUACGGACAAGUACUUGUAGUUACAAUUUUUCAAGUACUCACGUUUCAUAAAAAAUUAUGAUCUACAAGUUUACAAGUUUACAAUUUUACAAGUCUACAAGUGCUCCAAAAGUAUACAUAACCUAUUUUGAUGAUAAUUUCCUUUUUUCAUGCUUGAAAAAGGUUACUUGUACUUUUUAAUAAUUACUUUGAAAUUAUUUGAAAGCAAUAUAAUGCUAUUUGUACAGUCUACUUCAUUGAUUGCUGAAUUUGUAAGCUACACAGUAUGUACUGUGUGUAUAUAUAGUAUUCAUUUAUUCAUAGACAAUAGAUACAAUGCAGGUAAAAACAACAGGCACCUUAAUUUGGAAUACACAGUCUAGAGGUUAUGUAAAUGAUAACUUAUUCACACACUAUUUUGAGUCCAAAAGAUGUAUGUACUACAAUAAUUUUGAAUUUAUCAGAUUAAUUAUUUAUUAAUUAAUUAUUUAUUAAUUAAUUAUUUGUACUAUAUAUAAUGUAUACUAUAUAAUACUGUGUACUAUAGUACCUACACAUAACCUAUGAGGUAACACAUUAAUGACUAUUUUGGAGAUUUAUUAAAUUAAAUUUCCCAAUGCAUAAAUUUUCAAAAUAAUGAAUUUAGAGGGAUAUAGGGCAUUUUUGAAUAUUAGAAAUAAUCAUUGAAUAUUGUAAAUAGUUUUAAUGAUCACUUGUAAAACCUUCACAUAGCUUUCCACUUCGGUAAAAAUGUCAUAGUUACGAACAAGUAAGUUUGACAAAAAUUGUUUGCUGCAAAGAAAAUCUUCGUGAAACAGGCAAAAUCACUAGUUCGUAACAAGCAAAUCACCUGUAGGUUCAUUGUAAGUUUAGAAUUCUGCUUUUGUGAAAAGCUUGUAAUCAGCUGUUCUCCAAAACCAUGGUUGGCAACAAGACUUGUAACCUUGUUUGUUUGUCUUUAAAGCUUCCCAGAGACUCAAAUCAGAGUAUAGGAAUUGUCAAAAAUUAAUAAUACAAAAAAGAAGAAAAAAAAUCACUAAAAGGAACACUCUUUACACACAAACUCUUCUGUGGUAUAGAAUAUUCCACAAGCAUCAAAAAACUUUUCAACUCCUCAAAAGCAUCGAUAUUUUCACAAUUUUUCAAAUGAGUAGGAAGAACCUAAUUGUACCUUUGUGAAACAGGCCCCAGAUAUUACUCAUAUAGGUGCGUACAGGUCGAGCAAGAGCGGAACGCGAACAGAGCAUUUAACAGAGUUCGAGCUGAGCAAGUUCUUUUUCACACAUACUUCAUCACUCUUCAAAUACUUUCAUAGUAAUAAAACGGAUUAUAGAAAUUAAAUAACUGUAUUUAUACUGUACCGUAAGUAGACUUAUUUAAUUUCUCUAUGACUCAGUAUACCAAACUAGAAUAUUUCCCUCUGAAUAGAGAAUUAUUCUAUAUAAAUGCAAUAUACAGUACUUCCUAGGUCGAACCAACCAAUAGUUGCGCAUGCGCGGUUAACGUUUUUGUUACGAUCUCUGUGUUAGCAUAUAAAAUUUUAAAAAUUAAUAAUUAAUUAUUUAAUCAUUAAAAUUGAAUAAUGUAAAAUUAUAAAAACAUUUUUAAUAAUAGGUACAGCAUAUUAGAAUUUAGAGGAAAGAAGCCAAAAACACCCAACCAAAACAUUCACCUUUCAAAACAUUGACAGUCAUAACCAUUUUUGUAAUAAAACAUCAACAUAAAUGAAACAAACAUAAUAAUUAUCAUCAAUAUUUAUUAUAUAAACAUAAUGUAUUAUUAUGCUACCCAUCAAUCCCCUGGUCUGUACGCACCUUAUAUAAUUAAUCAGUAUUUUAUUUUUGUGUAUUGAAAAAUUUAUGUGUAAAUCCAUUCUUUACAGGCACUAUGCCAUGGUAAAGAGUUAACAGAUAUUAUACUCAUAUAACUAGACGGAUAAGGCGAGCUGCCGGCUAGUUAAGUGAAUAGAUUAUAAGUAUAUAAUUAAUCAGUAUCGUACUUUUGUGGAUGAAAGAAAAUCAUGUGUAAAUCCACUCUUUACAGGCACUAUGCUAUGGUACAGAGUUACCAGAUAUUAAUCAUAUAACUAGACGGAUAAGGCGAGCGAAGCGAACCUGCCGGCUAGUUACUUAUAUAAUUAAUCAGUAGUGUAUUUUUGUGGAUGGAAGAAAAUUAUGUGUAAAUCCACUCUUUACAGGCACUAUGCUAUGGUACAGAGUUACCAGAUAUUAAUCAUAUAACUAGACGGGUAUGGCGAGCUAAGCGAACCUGCCCGCUAGUUACUUAUAUAAUUAAUCAGUAUUUUUUUUGAGGAUUAAAAAUUGAUAUGUAAAUCCAUUCUUUACAGGCACUAUGCUAUGGUACAGAGUUACCAGAUAUUAAUCAUAUAACUAGACGGAUAAGGCGAGCGAAGCAAACCUGCCGUCUAGUUACUUAUAUAAUAGAUGUUUAUUAUAUUUUCUAUAAUUAAAAAAAUUGAUGUGUAAAUCCAUUCUUUACAGGCACUAUGCUAUGGUACAGAGUUACCAGAUAUUAAUCAUAUAACAGUUAGUUAUAGUUAGUAGACGGAUAUGGCUAGCAAAACUAGCCUUCCGGUUAGCUAUUUAUGUAAUAAAUGUAUAUUUUUGUGAAUUCAGUAGCCUAAGAAUCUGUUCUCUUGCUGUUGUUACUACAGCAAACUCUACUUAUUCUGGUAUCUUACUCCAGAAUCAUUCUCAAAUUUUCAAAUCAAUCAAGUAGUCGUGACGUUCAACAAAUAGUGUUGUUCUUCAGCUGUCAACUUCUCAACUGAAUCAUACAUAUCUUGCUCAUAUUUUCUGUACAAUACUUCGCAUUUCAUUUCCAUCAACUCAUGUUCUAUUGUUUAUAAUUAUGAAGUCUCAUGCAUGCAAAUUUGAACUUCUAUGUAGUCACUACUAUAAUCAGUUAUCAAUAUUGAUAUUGUGAAAUCAAUCUAAUUGAUAUAUAUUAAUGAUUCAACGAGCUUUUUUAUAUACCCACUUUCUCAAGAGUUGAAACAUUACUGUGAUCCCAAAAGCCUAUUAUUAUGAUGUAAAUUAACUAUUAUAAAAUACAUAAUUUUAUUGCAAGUUUCAAUGUUAGGCUUCCAGAUGGAUGAGUUUGAAACGUUACAAGAAUCAAAAUGAAAAUAGACGCAACUGUUCAUAAGUGUUAUGCACAGGUCUAUUCUUAUGUAUUCCAUCUAUGACAUGGUUUGAAUAACUUGUUCUCAAGAAGUUUGUAAACGUGGAUCAACUAUUGACAUUGAAGCUUGAGUUUUGUUGUGCCAAAUGUUAUUCAAUAAAAUUUAAUAUAUUCGUACGAAUUUAUCCCAAUUCGAAAAUAUCAAACGAAUUUAUUCAACCUUUAGAAUUAAGAGUUUAGAUCUAGAAAAUAUUACGAAUGUGCAUUUAAGGCAUUCUUUAGUACUUUUAUCGUAAACUUGUAAAUAAUUACUUGAAACUUAUCCUCGUCAGAACUGGCUUCUUCCACUUACUGGGAGAAGUAUGUGUACUUGGGUUGAUUUGUACAUUAUACUGUACUGAACUGAUAGUGGUUAUGGUGGGGAGGAUUCCCAUUUGAGACGACUUGUACACUGGUGUGUACAUUGUCAGCUAUCAUAUAACAACAACUAUACAGAUAGCAGUGGCCACAGCUCAGCUGUGGAGUUCUUGAAAAGUUGUAUUCUGAGAGAGAGGUCAGGUCUGAAUAGAAUGAAAUCCAAAUGUACAUUGGAUCUGACGAGGUUACAUCCUGUGAAUUUCUAUCUCUUGAAAUGAUAUGAAUGUUGGUAGUUGUUAGUCUAUAAAAUCGUUACAUUAUUGUAUAAAUUAUGGCUAUUAUUAUUUGGAUCGAUGUAUAAUCGUUGAAAUACACUCAGAAAUUGAGAAAUGCCAUAAUUAUACUGAAUAUUUUAUCUGUUAAGAUUAUAAACUUGUUGUCUACGUUAUCGGUUUCAUGGUGUUGUUACCCAUGCUAAUAAGUAGUUGUCCCCCUCUCCCCGCCAACUGUAGCCUAUUCAAAUCAUGAAUUUGGGCUUUAGUGUGUAGGUUGGAUUGAAUAUAAUGUAAAAUAUUUUUCAAGUAUCUGCGCUCGAUAUCUCAGUUCGAAGACAUCUCUAUUGUCGAGAAUGUUGUCAAGGCAAUUCAAAAGUAAUGUUGAUGAGUAUCAGACGUUAGCUCGAGACAAUACGUCCGUCCUUCCUGUAAGCGUAUUGUAAUAGGAAAGAGCAAUGUUACCCUAGAAACAAUACAACAGCACCUGAAACAAAAAAAAAUACAUACAUUUCUUUUAGAAGACAACAGUUACUGUUCAGUUUGAAAUUUUUAUUCUUCAUAGAAUCUAAUUUACUGUAUCUAUAUGGUACUGCCCAGAACUGAUAAAAUAUUUUGAUUGAACUCUGUAAUUGAUAACAUACUUUGAUUGAUCUCUGUAACUGCAUGUUUAUACUCUUUUUUAACUGCAAGAAGUUCCUACACAAUAAUUUUUUAUUUUUUUAUUUUUCUGAAUCAAUAAUAUUUUAUGUAAUGUUAAAAUAAUAAGUUCAUACUAAUAUGAUGAGUACUGUUGUAUUCACGCAUUGCCUAAGGAACAAGUAGUCUAUCGAACUGAACUUAGAUAUGCAUUUUUCUAAGCGAGAUACUCAUAAUAAUUUUGUACAUGGUUGUAUUGAUGUCAAUAAAGUUUUUGUAAAGUGUAA